AUGGAAGAUGUUAAGCUCCUAGGAACAUGGGCUAGUCCAUUCAGCUACAGAGUGAUUUGGGCUUUGAAGCUGAAAGGAAUAGACUAUGAGUACAUCGAGCAAGACCUGUCCAACAAAAGUCCCCUGCUCCUCCAAUCCAACCCUGUCCACAAGAAAAUCCCAGUCCUCAUCCAUAGCGGAAAACCCAUAUCCGAAUCCAUGAUCAUCCUCCGUUACCUGGACGAGUCAUGGCCCGAAAACUACCCACUAUUGCCCGCCGAUCCCUACGAGAGAGCUGUGGCUAGGUUCUGGAUCAAAUUCGCGGAGGAGAAGCUGACCUCUGCCUUCGCGAUCUUCAGGACUUCAGGGGAAGAGCAAGAGAAAGCGGUGAAGGAAUCAUUGGAGGUGAUGAAAACCCUGGAGGAACAUGCUUUUGGAUUGCUGCUGCUGCAGGAGAAAGCUUUUUUCGGCGGGGACAAGGUCAACAUGGUGGAUCUUGCUUAUGGUGUGAUGGGUUAUUGGUUGGAUGCGGUUGAGGAUUGUACCGGUGUCAAAUUGAUGGAUCCCCUGAAGUUUCCUCUGUUCCAUGGCUGGGUUAAUAGGUUCAAUGAAGCCCCUGUGAUUAAGGAUAAUCUUCCCGAUCGAGAAGAGUUGUUUGCUUACUUCAAACGUCGCAGGGAGAUGAUAGUUUCUGCUACAUCAAGCUGA